AUGCGCAAAUUUAAAAGAUUGCUUCAUCGUGUGGCCACCAUUCAUCACGAAAAGUCAUUAAAAGUUCAAUUACCGGAUGAUAUUGUAUUUUACGUUUUGCAAUAUUUAGAAUCUGAAUUUAUUUUGAGAGUGUGUUUAUUUAUUUCGAAACAAUUUCUGCAACAAUCAUUGGAAAUUCAAAAAUCAUUGAAUUUUUCUGAUCGGGAUAGUUUUAAUGAACCAUCCUUAAUUUCCUUUGUGAAUUGUAAAUAUAUUCAAAAUUUAACUAUCUUGAAUCUCUCUUCAAAUAAGUUAAGAGUAGAGGGUGCGAGAUUAAUUUCUCAAUGCAACGCUCUUAAUCGUUUAACCAUGUUGGAUGUGAGUAACAAUGGAAUUGAAUUUGAAGGAGCAAACCACUUGUCGCACAGUGAACAUCUUUCCAAUUUAACCGAGUUGAACCUUGCCAUGAAUAUGAUUGGAGUGCUUGGGUUGAGAGCUAUUGUGAACUCUCCAACCAUGAAACGUUUACGAGUUUUGAACAUUAAUUGCAAUUACAUUUUUGGAGCGGGAUUGAAAAGCGUUGGUUCCAGUGAGAACAUGAACAAUUUAACUGACCUCAACAUGAGUACCAACAUUAUUGGAAAUAAGGGACUACUCGCUCUGAAAUCUGAAUGCCCAUACUUGUGUCAUUUGACACGAUUCAAUUUGACUAAUUGUGAAAUUGGAAAUGAAGGAGCGAAAUGUCUUGCACAAAGUAUCAAGGACGGAGUCUUGACAAAUUUAAAAAAGCUCUUUGUUGGAUUUAAUUUCAUUGAGAAGGAGGGAGCUCAAGCUCUCCAAUCAUGUACUCAUCUAUCGGUAUUGGAUUUUUCUGGAAAUAAUAUUGAAGCUUAA